AUGGAGGCACGUGCUGGCUCAAUCUCGGCACCUACAUGCAGUAAAGUCGCCGACAACGUCGAUUACUACGGGAACGACAUCAAGAGCACGUCGCAGGCGUCCGUGGAUGGAUGCUGUGCCGACUGCAAAGCGACCCCAGGCUGCAAGUUGUUUGUGUGGACCACGAGUCUCGGUGGCACGUGCUGGUUAAAACACACCCAAGGCGCGGCGUCCACGUUGCCAGGAGCCAAGUCGGGUGUGCUCGUUCCGUCGCCGCCGGGAGGAUGCACUCCGCCCGAGUGGAAUGUCGACUACUUGGGUGGGGACGUGGCCAGCACGCCGCGAGCGUCGUCGAGUUUGUGCUGCGACGACUGCCGCCGCACCCAAGCGUGCCGAUUCUUCACGUGGACCGCGUACAACGGCGGGACGUGCUGGCUCAAGUCGACCAAAGCCAAGACCGUACAAGCCACGGGAGCCGUGUCCGGGUCGGUGCUCUAG